UAAUCCCUUUUUUUCUUCUCAGACAUCUGCAGUUGGGCUGGCGAGCAGAACUGAGGGAUUACACACUUCGCUGGAGGGGAUACCAGGACUUUUACAGCAGUAACCAUGGUGGACGCAGCGGCAGCAGAGCAGUUCCUGGAUGCCAACCCACAGAUUGCCAAGCAGUACUAUGACCGAUACCUACGGCCUAAAGUAAUCUCAAAUCUGCUGGAAGGCAAUCGCAAACCAGCUGUGGAUAUCAGCAAGUAUCACGAUUUGACCAUGACGGACGAGAGCGAGAUCCUCUUUGACCUGGUGAGGGACAUCCAGGACAACCUGCAGAUGGAGAAGUCCAUCUUCAAGCUCAUGAGGCACCUCAGCUUCAUGAUGAGAGCAGAUCGCAUGAGCCUCUUCAUGUACCGGCAGAGAAACGGUGUAGCUGAGCUGGCCACCAGGUUGUUUAACGUCCAUAAAGAUGCAACCUACGAUGAGUGCCUGGUGCCACCUGAGAGUGAAAUCGUGUACCCACUGGACAUGGGCAUUGUGGGACAUGUGGCCACAAGCAAGAAGAUGGUGAACGUUCCUGACGUGUCGAAGAGCUCUCAUUUCAGCAGCUUCGUUGAUGAGCUGACCGAGUACACGACCAAAAACGUCCUCGCCAUCCCCAUCAUGAACGGGAAAGACAUGGUGGCUGUGAUGAUGGCGGUCAACAAGGUGGAUGGCCCGAGCUUCACCGCCAAGGAUGAAGAGAUUUUAAACAAAUACUUGGAUUUUGCCAACCUGGUUCUGAGAGUUUUCCACCUGAGCUACCUUCACAACUGUGAAACCAGAAGAGGACAGGUUCUGCUGUGGUCGGCCAGCAAGGUGUUUGAGGAGCUGACGGACAUUGAGAGGCAGUUCCACAAGGCCUUGUACACGGUCCGAGCUUUUCUCAACUGUGACCGUUACUCUGUGGGUCUGCUGGACAUGACCAAGACCAAGGAGUUUUUUGACAUGUGGCCCAUUCUGAUGGGAGAAGCUGCACCGUACGAUGGGCCAAAGACGCCCGACGGCAGGGAAAUCAUUUUCUACAAAGGGAUCGACUACAUCCUCCACGGCAAAGAGGACAUUAAAGUUAUACCGAAUCCUCCAGCGGAUCACUGGGCUCUGGUCAGCGGUUUGCCCACGUAUGUGGCAGAGACCGGACUGAUUUGCAACAUCAUGAAUGCAGCUGAAGAUGAGUUUUUCAGCUUCCAGACGGAGCCUCUGGACGAGUCUGGCUGGACCAUCAAGAACGUCCUCUCCAUGCCAAUCGUCAACAAGAAAGAGGAGAUCGUGGGCGUGGCCACUUUCUAUAACCGGAAAGACGGAAAACCCUUUGAUGAAAUGGACGAGACCCUGAUGGAGUCUCUGACCCAGUUCCUGGGCUGGUCUGUGCUGAACACCGACACCUACGACAGGAUGAACAAGCUGGAGAACAGGAAGGACAUCUUUCAGGACAUGGUGAUGUACCACGUCAAGUGCCGCAAGGAUGAGAUCCAGAACAUUCUGAACACCAGAGAAAGGUGGGGGAAGGAGCCAGACGAGUGCGAGGAGGAGGACCUGCAGGAGAUUCUGUCUGAAGUCCUUCCAAGUGCAAAGAAAUCGGAGAUCUACGAGUUUCACUUCUGCGACUUUGAGCACAGUGAGCUGGACCUGGUGAAGUGCGGCAUCAAGAUGUACUACGAGCUGAAAGUGGUGGACAAGUUUCACAUUCCCAGAGAGGUGUUGGUGAGGUUCAUGUACUCGCUCAGCAAAGGCUACAGGAAGAUCACCUACCACAACUGGAGACACGGCUUCAACGUUGGACAGACCAUGUUCACGCUGCUCAUGACAGGAGAUCUGAAGCGGUACUACACCGACCUGGAGGCCAUGGCCAUGGUGACCGCUGGCUUCUGCCAUGACAUCGACCACAGAGGAACCAACAACCUCUACCAGAUGAAGUCCGGUAAUCCUCUGGCGAAGCUUCACGGCUCCUCCAUUCUGGAAAGACACCAUCUGGAGUUCGGGAAAACGUUGCUGAGAGAUGAGGCGCUGAACAUAUACCAGAACCUGAACCGCCGUCAACACGAUACAGUCAUCCACCUCAUGGACAUCGCCAUCAUCGCUACGGAUCUGGCUCUCUACUUCAAGAAAAGGACCAUGUUCCAGAAGAUCGUGGACCAGUCCAAGACCUACGAGAACUGGAACGACUGGACAAAAUACAUGAUGCUGGAGACGACCCGCAAAGAGAUUGUCAUGGCCAUGAUGAUGACGGCCUGUGACCUCUCUGCCAUCGCCAAACCAUGGGAGAUCCAGAGCAAGGUGGCGCUCUCCGUGGCUGCAGAGUUCUGGGAACAGGGAGAUCUGGAGAGGACGGUCUUGGAGCAGCAGCCUAUUCCAAUGAUGGACAGGAACAAAUCAGACGAGCUGCCCAAGCUGCAGUGUGGUUUCAUCGACUUCGUCUGCGCUUUCGUGUACAAGGAGUUCAGCCGCUUCCACGUGGAGAUCACCCCCAUGCUGGACCGCCUGCUGAACAACAGGAAGGAGUGGAACGCCCUGAAGGAGCAGUACGAGGCCAAAAUGGCCGCCCUGGAAGAGGUCAAGAAGGCCAAGGAGGAGGAGGCCCAGAAAGCGGCAGCUGCCAGACAAGCCAGCGCCGCGCAGUCAAAGACCUGCGGCAUCAGCUGAAGCGGCGGCAGAUGCAGCUCCGCCCGCUGCUGCUCCUCUAAUCGCUGCGUUCUUCUGCGCUGCUUCUCCGUCCUCCUCAUCCUCUCAGCAGGUUCUUAGCUGAGCUCUCAGAGAAAACCUUAGCCUUAGAUCUGUGGCAGAAGGUUGGAGCUACGUUAUUAGUUUGUUCUUCUUUAGACUUGGGGAGGGGCGGGGCAUGUUUACCUGCUGCCACAUAGAAGGUUUUCUCAUAGACGCUGAUCUGCAGCAGAAGCUGCAGUUUUCUGUUCCUGUGCAGUAAAAAUCCCUCCCGUGAGUAAAGCGAGCCGCUUCAAAGUCCAACAACUUUGACUAGUGUGUAGUGUUCUGAGGGAAAUGUGCUUGUUCAAUGUUUAAGGAAUGAUCCAGAAAUAAAAAGGAAAACAAGCAGGAA